CUUCGUGGUUGUCUGCAGCUGCAAACUGGAAGCAGUUGAACUCCAUUUGGAUGGCACAUCUGCACUCAGCAGGGAUUAUUAUGAACUUUUUGAGGAAAAACUGGCUCUUGCCGGUCUGAAAGGGUAGGAUGAUAGAUUUAAAGCAUAUCUUAAACCCGAGCAGACAUGUGUUGAUGCAUCCAGCCUUCUAAAAAUGAGAAGCUGUUAGAAAGGUACUCCUCCAGUCACGGUGCUCCCCCGCUGGUGUCUUUGCUGUCAUGGAGGUGGGCAGCCUCCCCGUGGAGCUGUGGAGGGUUAUUUUAGCCUACCUCCCCCUCCCUGACCUGGGCCGCUGCUGCCAGGUGUGCCGUGCCUGGCGGGAACUCGUCAUCUCUCUUGAUAACACCCGCUGGAGGCAACUGUGUCUGGGAUGCCCUGAGUGCCGACAUCCCAACUGGCCUAGUCAGCCCCACCUGGAGCCCCCUUCCUGGAGAGAGGCCCUGAAACAGCACGCGCUGGCCACCAGGACCUGGACCCAAAACGGGCCAGAGCUCCAGUCCUCUGCUUGUCUCCUUUUUUUCCGUCGUCGCAAAGAUCGCAGGGUUUGGCACGUGGGGCCUGGAUGUGAGUUUGAGACUCUGCGUGGGGCUCUAGGGGUGGUGGGGCCAUAUGACCGUGUGGUUCUUCACCCAGGAGUUUAUGAGGAGCAGGCUGAAAUUGUGCUGAAGGUGCCCGUGGAGCUGGUCGGGCUGGGGCGACUGGGAGAGGUGGCCCUUCUUGUGUGUAUAGAGCAGCAGUGCCCGACUGCCAGGCUGUGUAACCUGGUGUUCAUGCCGCCCUGGUUCUCCACUGUAGUCUACAAGACAUCUUGGGGCCAUGUCCAACUUGACAACUGCAACUUUGAGGGAGCCCAGCUGCAAAUCCGUGGCCCAGGAACAUGCCAGGCUCGCUUCUGCUCCUUUUCACAAGGCAGCUCUGCCCACUUGCUGGGUGUUGUCCUCAGUCUGUUUGACAGCUGUGACUUCUCAGGAAGUGACACAGCUUCAGUGACCGUUGAAGGCCCUCCAGUUUCAGAAAAAAACUGGGCUUGUAAACACUUGGUUGCCCUUACUAGGACGUUCCCAUCUUGUGGCGUGUCUGGGAGUUACAAUUGCUCUCCAUUUGAUGGCUCUACUGAUGGCCAGAAAAAACUUGGAACUAAUAUCAAAAAGGAGCCAGUAAGCCUGGAAGACUUCCAGAGGAGGACAGGGGUAGACCUGGUGUGUCAGGGAACAGUGAUUGAAGAUGGCUGGAGUGAUGAUGAACGCAGUGAGGGAGAGGAGGAGAACAAAGACAACACCAAAAACUUGAGUACAGGGGAUUACAAAAUCCAGUAUGACCAUCAUGGCCUUUCACAUUUGCUCAGACCUCGGCCAGAUGGCUCUCUGCCACUGACUUCAUCCCCGGAUCCUCCAUCUGCAACCCCUGAACCCCUCACUCUUCAGCAAGAAUUAGACAGGGACCCAGUGGCUCAGAUGUUGGUAGCAUCCACACUAGGCUGUAUCCUCAGACGCUGCCUCUUCAGGGAAGGAAAGGGUGGUGUGCAUUUGUCUAAUUACGGACAAGCUCGUUUGGAAGGCAAUGUUUUCCGUGGGCUGAACUAUGCAGUGCGCUGCAUCCAAAACUCCACAAUAGUGAUGCUGAGAAAUGAGGUGUGUGAGUGCCGUGCCUCAGGUGUGUUCCUGCGCCUUUCUGCUCAGGGUCUCAUUGCAGAAAACAAUAUCCACUCAAAUGGGGAGGCGGGUCUGGACAUCCGAAAAGGGGCUUACCCUAUCAUUUUGUGCAACAAAAUACAUAGUGGUCUGCGUUCAGGGGUUGUUGUCCUUGGCAAUGGAAAAGGUUCAAUUCGGAGCAACCAGAUCUUUAACAACAAGGAAGCGGGUGUAUAUAUUCUCUUCAGUGGGAAUCCUGUGGUUAGAGGGAAUCACAUCUUCCACGGCCAGGCGGCAGGAAUCGCCAUAAACGAGAAUGGAAGAGGAACAAUAACUGAAAAUGUAAUCAAAGCAAACCAGUGGGGAGGUGUAGACAUCCGGAGGGGAGGUGACCCAAUCUUGAGGAACAAUUACAUCUGUUAUGGAUAUUCAGACGGCGUUGUGGUGGGAGAGAGAGGCCGCGGUCUUAUUGAGGGAAACCAUGUCUACUGUAACAAAGGCUGUGGUGUGUGGGUUAUGUCAUCCAGUCUCCCACAGCUCCUGGGAAACUACAUUUCCCAUAACUGUAUGUACGGACUGGCCGUGUUCUGCAGGAAGGACCCGGAAAACAUUGAAGCCAGAGAGGGAAACUGGGCUGGACAGGAAAGGAUUGGUGGAGAAGAAGGCAGUGGAGAGAGGAGAGGGGUGGAGGGAGAAGGUAGAGAAGGGCAGGAGAACUUGAAUGAAGAGGGUGAACUGUUUGCGUGGGAGAGUGAUCUGGACAGUGAAGACGAGCGACAUUCUGCCCGUCGCUCUAUCAGUGUGGCUCUUGUGGAGAGCAACUGCAUAAACUACAAUGGAGCGGUUGGUCUGUACGUGAAGAGCAGUGAACCUCUUAAUGUUUUUGCUAACUUGGUAAACAGUAACCGUGGCACUGGCAUUGCUGUGCUGCAGAGCAGUCAGCUGACCCGGCUGGCCACAAACUGCAUUCUUGAAAAUGGUCAAGGUGGUGUUAUUGUGGAGAAGGACUGCAGAGUAGAGCUUCGUGGUAACGGCAUCUAUAAAAACAGUGGCCAUGGAGUCUCUUUCAGCGGUAAUGGGCAGGUGGUGGAGAAUGAUAUGGUUGGAAAUCGGGGUUAUGGGAUCCAAAUCUCUGGCAGCGCUGACAUCAAGGUGUUGCGAAACCGUGUCCAGCCUGCACAGAGCUGUGCCAUUGCUAUACUUGGGCUAGUUAAAGGGGUUGUCACUGACAAUCUCUUGUUUCAAGGCCAUCCAGGAAACAAAAAAUCCCUUCUACAUAUGGAUCCUGGUAAUGAUGGCUGUGUGCUGCGCAACAACAGUGUUCUAAGGCAUAAUAACAGCUGUACAGCCUCUCCUCCCUGGGUUUUGGAAAACCCUCCCCCUCGCCCACUGUCCAGCUCCCCUUCUGGCCUCUCCUCAUCACAAUAUCCUUCCCGACUUGGGAUUUCCAUGACGACCAGGAUCAGUGCCACUGUAGAAAGCGGUUGCCACAGUGGCAGCAUGUUCUGUUCCAUCCUGUGAAUGCUGGCAAGAACGUAGAGACAAAUUUUAAUGAGUCACAAUUUUGAAGGGGUGUAAAUCAAGUAAUGAAGCAUGCGGACCUUCCUCAGAGAAGCCCUUCUGAAGUGACUCCCUCCCUGGUGGAGGUGGAGUUUCUGUUCCAGGAUGCAGGAGGUGACUCUUAGUAAAACCCCUUAAGGGACAACCACCUUCAAGAGCGUUUGAGCCGUGCAGCAUUUUGUAAAUCUGAAAUCAGCCUUUUGUAAUUUUAUGAUGAAAGUCCUGUGCAUUCAUGUUAU